UCGAAAAUCGAUCAUAACUCGAAAACGGCUUGACCGAUUUUGAUCAACCUGGGGUCAAAUGAAAGAUCUCAACAAAUCCUACAACUCUCUAGAACAUCAGAAGUUUCAAAAGUGGCCGCUAGGGGGCCAAAAAUCAAAAACAAAAUUUUCGAUGAGUUUUCGAUGAAUAUCUCGAAAACGCCAUUAUCGAUUUGCUUCAUUUUUUGAUAUGUUAUAGCUGACCAUAUUAUCUAGCUCCAUGCCAAAAAUGAAGAAAAUCUAUGUCGCCGUUCUCGAGAUAUAGCCUUCCAAAGUUGGCAUGUCGUAUCUCGGGUUCUACAAGUCCGAUCUUGAUCAACUCAAGCGCAAAUGAAAGGUUUCGCGAAACCCUACAAAUGUCUAGAACAUUGCAACUUCGAGAAAUGACCACGAGAGGCGCUAAAGUCAAAAUCAAAAUUUUCGAAAAUUUCGAACUCGAAUAUUUCGAAAAUGCUAUUAUCGAUUUACUUCGUAUUUUAAUAUGUUAUAGCUGAGGUUAAGACCUUUCCAACGAUAGCUCAAACUCGAAAAUCUAUGGAGCCGUUCCCGAGAUAUGGCGUUUUAAAGAUUUCUUAGGGUAUGAAUUUUCAACUUUUCCCGACUUUGCGCGUAUUUAAAUUAAUUUUCGUUCUAGUUUGCUCUCACAAAAUUGGUACACUGAAAGAAACACAGCUCUCGUAAGCUUGGUCAGCUUACCAGUACAUUUUUUUUCAAAUUAUGAAGUAUUUCUUAACGAAGUUCGAUAGGGAACACUAAAUUUUCACUUAAAGAGUUUUAUUUUUAUUCAACAUAUUUUGAUCUUAUUUGUUCAUUUUUCCUAGUUUUUGGAGAAUUGAAUCUAAACAAUAUCUACCUAUCAAAGAUGAUGUAAAAAAUCGCUCAAAGAAAAAGUGAUGCUCCAGAGAAGAGAAUUUUCAAUUUAAAAGGAAGAUUUUCAUUUCUUUGGCCAUGAAUCAAAAAUCAAUUUUCACGUAUGAUAAAUUCCUUUGAUAUAUUGAGAAAUUUGGUCAUAAAGAAUUGUCUCUUUGCUGAGUCUGAAUGAGGGAAUGAGAGUCGUGUGAAGCCUCUAAAAAACAUUUUUAGGGUGGUGGAAAGGUGAGCCUAUUUCUUGUAAAUGCGAACACCACAUGGCAUGGAGAGAGGAGAAUGCGCGAUAUUGAGAAAUUUUCGCACAAUUUCCAUGGGCAGUCGUACUUCUGCCAUGCACACUGUUGCUCUCACACAGGGGAUGGUUUGGCUUUCGCCACCCAAUUGGGGGAGGAAAGUGCGUUGAAAAAGCCACUGACUCUGACGAGAGUGUCUCAGUUGAUCGUGGAAUGUUGAAGGAAGCGGUUCAUCCUUAGGAAAGCAAGAGAAAAGCUCUCUGAAGCUUCCUGUUUUAGCGCUCUUCGCAUUUCUGUCCAUUCUUGUGGGAUUUUAUUCUUCUAUCUUAAAUUCUUCCACCUUCGUACUUUUUCAGCUUCCUCCGUAUAUCGUAUUCUCGCGCAUUUGUGUGAAUGCUAAAGUGGUGGUUCAAUUGAGUGGAAGGAAGCACUUGCGAGGAAUUGCACACCAUUUCAGUGUGGAUAAAACAUUCUCAUAAAUACUUGUUUAGUGAAAAGAAAAUUCUCGACACCUUUUGUGUGUUUACUUUUAAAAGGUGGCCAAGAAAAGAGGAAAUUACCUCUUGCUAUAUAUAGCAGAAGAAAAGGGUGGAAAAAGGCUUCUUGAGUGGUGUGCAGAAAGUUGAAGUUGCUUUUGAAAUAAUUUCUACACCUGAAAGAGGGAAACACAAUGUGAUUUUAUGUGAUUGUGUAGCCAUAUAAAACCUACGCAGAAGAGGAAGACAAUUAAUCGGAGUAUCAUAAAAAGAGUUAAAAGUGCCUCACAGAGGGUGUGAUUUGUGUAAUUCCUAUAAAGAAGGUUAAUGCGUAAUACUUCAAUUCAUCACCUCCCCAAGGUUCUGAGUGGGAUUGAUGGAUCACACUUGAAGACAGGAAAAGCCAAGGUGGAAAAUUAAAGGGACUAAAAUAGUGGGAAAAAAAUCAUCGAAGAUUUGAGACUGUACAGUGAAAAACUACAACGAAAAUGGGUGAAUUAUGGACUUUUGUAGUUGCCCUUGUGAUGUGUGUUAUCAAUACUGGAGCUUUACAGAGCUUCAACAAUGAUUCACAUCGUUCAUCAUGGAAUGUGAUUAAUCGUACGGAAAAUCUCACAAUAGGAUUCCUUGCAAGUUAUGUCCAUACAAAGGUUGUCCUGGGAGCCUUGCCGCUGGCCGUGGAGGCCGUGAAUCGAGAUGCAACACUCUUACCGGGCUUUCGGCUGACUUUUAAACCAGUAGACAUUGGGAAGCCAUCGACAUCAUCAUACCGUGCUCAACCAAUUCGUGCCAUGACACAGAUGCGGGACGAGGGUGUUGCAGCUUUUAUUGGGCCAGACGACAGUUGCACGACGGAAGCCCUAAUAGCAGCCGCAUGGAAUUUGCCAAUGAUAUCUUAUAAAUGUACUGAUGCUGCAGUUUCCGACAAGAGUGUCUUUAACACAUUUUCCCGAACACUGGCUCCAGCUUCAAAGGUGUCGAAAAGUGUCGUAGCACUUCUAAGCUUCUUCAACUGGCACAAAUUUGUCUUGGUCUCAGGCUCAAGAACAACAUGGGGGUUUGAAAUUGCGCAAGCUAUUAAGACAUUGGCUGAAGCAGAAAAUCUCACUGUUACGGAUUUUCGUGAAUAUUCCGAGUACAUUCCAACGAAAAUCACAGAAUUGCAAAAUAUCGUUACGGAGACGUACAAGAAGACAAGAAUUUACAUUUUCGUUGGAGAGCACAUCGCUAUGGUUGACUUUGUGCGUUGCUUACAAAAUCGAGAACUCCUACAGACUGGCGAUUACAUGGUGAUAUCAGUUGAUGAUGAAAUUUAUGAUCCCACCAGAAGAUCCAACAUCAUGGAAAGGGAAUAUUUGGAUCCGUUUCUCAAGAAAAUAAGAAGUCGAGCUUUGGACAUAAAAUCAUUUCAUUCUGUGCUCAAGUUGACGCCAUCGUAUCCAUCCAACACGAACUUCAGCCAAAUCAGUGAGAAUAUCAGGAGCUACGCAACUCAACCCCCAUUUAAGGUACCUUUUCAUCCAACAAUUUUUCGCAACAUCUCCGUCCCAAUCUAUGGGGUUCAUCUGUAUGAUGCUGUUAUGAUUUAUGCUCGUGCCGCUACGGAAGUAAUUCAAGCUGGUGGGAAUUUUUACGAUGCCAAAACCAUAAUGGAGAAAAUUGUCAACCGGACCUACCACUCAAUUCAGGGUUUCGAUGUCUACAUUGAUGGCAAUGGCGAUGCUGAAGGAAACUUCACCCUCAUCUCACUCCAGGAUGAACUUACCCUAGCCCAGGGGUCUCUAUCUCAGUCAGAUGAACACAAUCCCACAAGUAACCCCCUAAAGAUGUCAAUGCAGCCAGUGGGGUACUUUGUCUACAGCAGUCCAGCUAAUAUUCCGGAAUUCCGCUAUAUCAACCCUCAGCGUACAAUAAAGUGGCUUAAGGGUGUAAUUCCACGUGCAGAGCCUGUAUGUGGGUUUGAUGGUGAACUUUGUCAGCCCAAGAAGAGAGAUUGGCGGUAUUUACUUUCCGGUGUCUGUGUCGCACUAUUUUUAGCUGUGGCUGGAGCUUUUUUAAUCAAACACUAUCGAUAUGAACAAACUCUGGCGUGCUUACUGUGGAAGGUGGACCUCAAAGAGGUGACUUUCAUCACAGCCGAACAUCCAGAUCCAACAAUUCGAAGCAAAAAUUUGGUGCAAACUUGCAGACAUAGUUUAAUUACAGGAGGUGGUGGUGAUACGUCCAAGCGAGCUUACACUACUAUAGGUCUCUACCGUGGCAAUAUUGUGGCUGUCAAGCGAAUCCACAAGAGGAGUGUCGACAUCACACGCACUAUCCGCAAGGAAUUGAAGCAGAUGCGUGAGAUGCGACAUGAGAACGUGAUUUCCUUUAUUGGCGCCUCCGUAGAUCCCAACUGCAUUGCCAUCCUAACUUCCUACUGCCCACGCGGGAGCUUAGAUGAUGUUCUUAGCAAUGAGGAUCUCUAUUUGGACAAUAUGUUUAUAUCUUCACUCGUCAGUGAUAUCCUUAAGGGUAUGAUUUAUAUCCAUGAAAGCGAAAUUGUGUCACAUGGAAAUCUACGGGCUAGCAAUUGUCUCGUAGACUCCAGAUGGGUUUGCCAAAUUACCGAUUUUGGCCUACAUGAAUUUAAAUCAGGGCAUGAAGAGCCCAACAGGGAAACCAUUGAAUUGGCAAGGAAUCUUUGUCGAGCACCCGAACUCCUGCGUCAUCCAAAUCCACCAAGUCGUGGUACACAGAAGGGGGAUGUUUACAGCUUUGGGAUACUUCUCUAUGAGAUUAUUGGGCGCAAUGGUCCAUGGGGAGAGACACAGCUGACAAAACAAGAAAUAAUUCACAAAGUUAGAUCACCAAACAAUGGGACUGUCUAUAGACCACCUCUACGAUUCCUGGAAAUUCCUGAUUACGUAAAGCAUUGCUUGAAAUCAUGCUGGGAUGAGGAUCCAGAGUUGAGGCCUGAUUUGCGGCUAGUUAGAGUGAAAUUAAAGGAAAUGCAAGCUGGACUGAAACCCAAUAUAUUCGACAACAUGCUGGCUAUUAUGGAGAAGUACGCCUACAACCUUGAAGGUCUUGUUCAGGAAAGAACAAAUCAGCUAACAGAGGAGAAGAAGAAAACCGAAGCAUUACUCCAUAGGAUGCUGCCAAAAACAGUUGCGGAAUCACUCAAACGCGGUGACCCCGUUGAGGCAGAAUGUUUCGACUGCGUAACAAUCUAUUUUAGCGAUUUGGUGGGAUUUACUGAAAUGUGCGCCCAGAGCACUCCCCUACAAGUGGUUGAGAUGCUGAAUGAUCUCUACACAUGCUGUGACUCCAUCAUUCACAACUAUGACGUUUACAAGGUCGAAACUAUUGGGGAUGCAUACAUGGUGGUUUCGGGACUUCCCAUACGCAAUGGGGAUCGACAUGCUGGCGAAAUUGCCUCCUUGGCACUCCAUUUGCUCAAUAAAAUCUCCAAGCUUGAGAUUCGUCAUCGCCCCGGAGAGCUCAUUCAAAUUCGCAUUGGUAUCCAUUCGGGGCAGUGCGUAGCUGGAGUGGUUGGGGUCAAAAUGCCACGAUAUUGCCUCUUUGGGGACACCGUGAAUACCGCAUCGAGAAUGGAAAGCUCCGGGCUUCCGCUGAAAAUUCACAUUUCUGAUGCAACGUAUCAGUUGCUGCAGAAAAUUGGUGGAUACAAAUUCGAGGAAAGGGGUCUCAUACAAGUGAAGGGCAAAGGGGAAAUGCGAACUUAUUGGCUCCUGAGUGAAGAUAUCAAUAAGAAAAUCGAACGUUUCGGCUCGAGUGAUUUCGAUGAGUCAUUCUAUCACCGUGUUGCACCCGAUUUGAUAUGCACCACUGAGCCUGAACCAAUGAAGAUUGGUGGCACUCCAUACAAUUCCUACACAUCACUGAAUCACCGCGCCAGAAUGUCCUACUCGAGUAUACUCUCCUAUAACGGUGGCGGGGAAAAGCAAACACCACCCACGGCGAACUUUUCCAAAGCGCUCAGCAAUGAUUUAGUCGUAAAUCCCUGCUACAUCUGCCAAAAGCGCAAAAACCUCCAGCAAACAGAGUGCCAAAGGCAGCAGCAGCAGAUGUACGACAUCUACAGAAUCUCCUCUGGCAUGAUGGACAGUCCCACGGAGUUUAGUCAUUGCCCAUGCUACUGCCCAAAUCAGAGGAACUUCAUGAAAAGAUACGACAGCGUUAUACGAGAAAUCCGUGCACCCCAAUCUGCUCCCCAUAUUACUUUUAUGCAGUAGAGAAGCAUUGAAUUCAAUGAGACGUGACCAAGAAUUUCAUAUUAAGGUUUCAUCGUAAUUCCUAUAGAAUUAUACAUUCUCGUUUUUUCCCCCAUCAUUCCUACUCCUCAUUUUUUGCAGCUCUAUUGAGUCAAUUAGAGAAAAAUAAACAUUUCUUAAUUCGCCACCCUCCUUUUGAGGGUCGCAACCUCACACUUACUUAGCUAAAAUAUAAUUUCAUUCACCAUUUUCCCCAUAAAAUAUAUCAAUUAUAUUAUAUCAAGUGUUAUCAUAAUAUAGUUUGUAGUAUAUCCUUAAAAAAUUCAAAUUAUUAAUGUUAAAAAAAAGUCAUCAAAAUAAAAUUAAACAAAAUUUGAUGAA